UGUGGCCAAUGCCCAGAGCUAGGUCGCCUGGAUUCCCUUCUCCCUCAGAAGAUACCGACCAGGCCAGGUCUGCAGGACCCUAGUGACCCGCUGCAGGUCAGGGGAGAUGUGGGGGAGGAAGGGGUUGGUAGCUCUGCAAUCUACCCCUGGCCUGGGCAGCCCGAUGUUGUGGGAUUGAUUGUGUGAUUGGGGUGGGGUGUGCCCAGGAAGGGCUUUCAAAUCCCCCCUCCCGGAGGAGCUCCUGAUUGACAGGACCCCAGGCGGCAGCAAUCAAUGACUGGGUGGAACCUAGCGGCGGGGUCUCCACCAGCUGAUGGGGAUUUGCUGGGAUGCGUAAGCUCCCAGCCCAGCUCUCUCCGGCUCCCACUCGCACAAUGAAGCCUUGCUAAGGGGGGGGGAAGAGCAGAAGGGGGCCGGCUGAGGGCUGUACACCAGUAAGAAGAACUGAAGAGACAGGGAAACACGCAGGCCCCCACCGGCGCGCUGUGCCCUGCCCGCCUCCCCGCCAGAGGCCAGCUCAGCCCCGUGCCCGCAGGCUGGAGCCGGGCGCAAGACGCGCAAGGUGUUGGUUCUCCUCGGGCAGGUAACAUGGAGCAGCUGAACUGACCUGAGGAGCCGUCCCAGCUUUGCCCAGGAUGGGCUGUGUGUAUUGCAAGGAGAAGGAGUCGAAUAAAGGCCAGACAGAGAACAUCGAUGGCACGACCGGCUCGGCAUCGAAAUCCUGCUACGGCCCCGACCCGACGCAGCAGAAUCCCUCCAGCAGCUUCACCCGCAUCCCCGACUUUAACAACUUCCAUAGCACGCCCGCCGGCGCCCCCGCCUUCAUGGGCCCCGGCCUCUAUCCCAACAGCACCUUGUGUGGAGGGGGGAUCACAGGCGGGGGCGUUACCCUCUUCAUUGCCUUGUACGAUUACGAAGCCCGGACGGAGGAUGACCUGACGUUCCUGAAGGGGGAGAAAUUCCACAUUAUCAACAAUACCGAGGGCGACUGGUGGGAGGCGAGGUCCCUGAACACAGGGGCCACGGGCUACGUCCCCAGCAACUACGUGGCCCCGGUGGACUCCAUCCAGGCGGAAGAGUGGUACUUUGGGAAGAUGGGGCGAAAGGACGCUGAGAGGCAGCUGCUGUGUCAGGGCAACCCCCGAGGGACCUUCCUCAUCCGUGAGAGCGAGACCACCAAAGGUGCCUACUCCCUGUCCAUCCGGGACUGGGACGAGAUGAAGGGCGACCACGUGAAGCACUAUAAGAUCCGGAAGCUGGAUAACGGUGGCUAUUACAUCACCACGCGGGCCCAGUUCGAGACCAUCCAGGAACUAGUCCACCAUUACAUAGAGCGAGCUGCGGGCCUGUGCUGCCGCCUGGCCGUGCCGUGCCACAAGGGGAUGCCCAAGCUGGCAGACCUGUCUGUCAAAACCAAAGACGUGUGGGAGAUCCCGCGAGAGUCGCUGCAGCUGAUCAAGAAACUGGGCAAUGGGCAGUUUGGGGAAGUGUGGAUGGGCACGUGGAACGGCACCACCAAGGUGGCGGUGAAGACGCUGAAGCCGGGCACCAUGUCCCCGGAGGCCUUCCUGGAGGAGGCCCAGAUCAUGAAGCGGCUCCGGCACGACAAGCUGGUGCAGCUCUACGCCGUGGUGUCGGAGGAGCCCAUCUACAUCGUCACCGAGUUCAUGAGCCAGGGGAGUUUGCUGGAUUUCCUGAAGGACGGGGAUGGCCGGUUCUUGAAGCUGCCCCAGCUGGUGGACAUGGCGGCCCAGAUCUCGGCCGGCAUGGCCUACAUCGAGCGGAUGAACUAUAUCCACCGGGACUUGCGUGCCGCCAACAUCCUGGUGGGUGACAACCUGGUGUGUAAGAUCGCGGACUUCGGCCUGGCCCGCCUCAUCGAGGACAACGAGUACACGGCACGCCAAGGUGCCAAGUUCCCCAUCAAGUGGACGGCCCCGGAGGCUGCUCUCUAUGGGAAGUUUACUAUCAAGUCAGACGUGUGGUCCUUCGGUAUCCUCCUGACGGAGCUCGUCACCAAGGGCCGCGUGCCCUACCCAGGCAUGAAUAACCGGGAGGUGCUGGAGCAGGUGGAGCGGGGGUACCGUAUGCAGUGCCCCAGCAGCUGCCCCCCAUCCUUGCACGAGUUGAUGGUGCAGUGCUGGAAGAAGGAACCCGAGGAGCGCCCCACUUUCGAAUAUCUCCAGUCCUUCCUGGAAGACUAUUUCACUGCCACAGAGCCUCAGUACCAGCCGGGGGACAACCAGUGAGCCCCGCUCUCUGAGCCGGCCAGCCGUGCCCAGGGCCCCUUCCCUGCAGCGGCUGCACCAGGCCAGGACUUCCCAGGCGGCAUUGGGCCAGGACUUGCCAUGCCAGCCGGCCCCAGGCCAGGACUUCCCUCUUUGUACAAUCUGGGCCAGAUCCCUUUUUUACAGUCCCCUUUUGGGGGUUUUGUUACUUUCCUGCCAUCUGCGCUCCCCUCACUCUGCCCUGGAGGGGGGUGCUUUGCACAAAUGCCUCCUAUUCUAAUGAGGAUCUCAGCCCAGGGCCAUUCUCGGGGGGGGGGGCCUGAGUGAGGCUGCCCUGCAGCCCCCCUGUUGGUCCCACAUGGAGAAAUCCCCUCCCCGCCCCUUUCCAACUGCCUUCAACACCUAGCUCUUAACCUGAGAGAUGUGGGUUUUUUUUUUCUUCCCUGGGGAGCAAUGAGGCCAUGCUGCCCGCAGGGGCCAGCCCAGCCUGCAGGGAGCAUCUGGGAGCGUCUCUCCAACCUCAGGGGGCCAAUGUGGGUGCCCUGGGCUUCGGAGGUGGCAGUGGCCAGGCCCGCUGCACCUCAGUGGCCUUGGACGGGGCCAGGCCUAUCGUCCCCCAACUGGAUUGCAGCAGCUUUGGAGCGUGUCCGUCAGGCCGUUCUCUCCUGGGGCUGACGGUUGCGCCCCGUCUCCGGCCCCCCUGCUCUUGAGCGUCGUCCCGCUCCCCCCGCCCGGCUGCUGGUGCCCCCCUCCUGGAGUUGGUGCCGUCAUCUGCCACAAGUGCCUGGGGCGGAGGAGAGAGUCUUUGACUCAGUAUGGGGGGGCUGUAGGGUGCCCAGGCCACGGGAUGCUCUCCACCGGCCAUGCAAGGCCUGGAUGGAGGCUGGGAGAGGGGAUGGGUGGAAGGUAACUAGUCCCCCCUCCCUCUCGCAGCCCAGCCAUGUGCCCUGACCCCUGGGAGGGGGGGACAGGUUUGGGGGGGGUGGGGGCUUUCCAUCUCUAGGAGCCCAUGUCUCACGUGGGGCCUUGGGGAGGCUGUUGCCCAGCCUGGGCCACCACUGUGCGCCCCUCGCUGCUAGUCCUAAUGUGCUGUGGGGGCAGAAGCCCAUUGCCGGCCGCUCCCCCAGCCAGUCCUCAAGCCUCCUCCAGUAGCAUUACAAAGCCGGGGGGUCAGGAAGUGUCUCCCGGGUGGAGGCAGCACCCCCCCGCUGGCUCGUCUAAUCAUCUCCUGGGGCAGGGACUAGCACGUGCCACCCCGCCAUUGGCGUACCGGAGGCCAGGGGCGUACUCUGGGCUCUUGGGGUGGCUGGAUGUAGGGCCACCUGGGCGUGGCCCCUGUCCUGUGCCUCUGCCCAGGGGGCCUGUGGGGCAGAUGGCUAGCACAGGUGAAGGACGGGGCGGAGGGGUGACCGAGUUGCCGAUUUCUUUGCCGAGACGCUUGGCCCUUCACAUGUUCCCCAGCCCCCCUGGCCAUCCCCUGCUGACAGAUGGAAGCCGAGCCCCAUGUCUUCUCUGCCCUAGCACGGCGGUGGGGUGGGGGGAGCUAGAUACUCCCAUCUCCGUUCCCCAUAUGUGGCCCCCCGUUGAGCAGAGCGGCCCUGGGGCCUGCGCUGUGGCUCUGCCCUAGCAAGUGCACCAGCAGGGGGCGCUCCUCUCCCGCCUGCAUGCCCCCGGGGCCUUGCACCCUUUUGUAUGUAACUUUCCCCCAAGCUGUUUGUUUGUUUAUUUAUAAGACUAACAAAUCCCUUUGUCCUCCUCCUGGGGUCCCAGUGCUCCCUGGGGCUCAGGGAGCCAGCUGGGGGGUGGGUGGAGGAUAUUCUGUGUUUUUCCUCUCUGUCCCCGCUUGUAAUUCUUGCUUUUGAUUCUUUUCCUUAGCCAGAGCCAAAUUGUUAAAGCCAUAAACUGCUGCCCAGGGGAGGGGAGCAGGCAGUGCCAAAUGCUUCUUAAACUGGGGGGAACAACCCCAAGGCUGGGCUGGGGGGAUUUAGCCCUGUGGGGGGCAGGUGUGUACUCUCUCUCUUCCCUCCCCCCCCCCCCCCGGGAAUCCCCAUGCCCUGUUCCCAGCAGAAGGCACUCCAGGGCAGGGAGGUCAUUUCCCCUCCAGCCCCUGCAUCUCAUGCUAAGGGUGGAACGAGGCUCCACUCUGGACCAGCCUCGAUGGAGGGCUGGGGGGACAGGAGCAGAAUGUGAACGCGAUUGGCGCGGGGGAAAGUGCCACCCACUCGGCCUGAGUCUCAGAGAGGCCAGAGGGUGUGGAGCCCCUCUGAGCCAGGCGCCGUGGUACCGGAGCCCUCUUUAUUCCAGGGCGUAAUUUAUAACCAUUCACUUUAAUUCUCCUUUGAUGACAUCCAGCCAAGGGGGGCUCGCUCCCUGCCGGGGGGGGCUCUGGCCCUUGAGCGGGAGAUGGCCACGGGGCCCCGAGCCAGCCUUUGGCCCAGCUCUCCGGCCGCCCAGCUCCAACACAGAGCGUUCGAGGCUCCCUGCCCCCGCUGCGAUGUUUUUUUAAAAUUGAUCCUGUAAAUAAAGAGAAAUAAACCUUUCUAACAA